GCGCAAUAUGAGCGGCGGUAGCGGAACGGAGACGGUGCGCGUGGAGGCUGGGCAAGAAGUUCAGAUAGAAACGGUGGCCCAGAUUUGGAGGACUUCGAGACUGAGACGAAGCCGCUGUAUUCUUUCUUCGCGCUGAGAAGAAGAACAAGAACCACCGCCACCAUCGCCAAAAAAAUCUUUACUCGUCUCACUAAACUCCCUUGACAACCGCCAACAAGAUCCAAAACCGCCUUCUUUCACGGGCAAUACUAUCCUCUUUUUCACCAACACUAGGAUGGCUGAUGGCGGUAACCAUGGUGUCUCUCCUUUGCCAGAUAAUCAAGACUGAUAAAUGUCCAGAAGCUCUUUGAAGAGAGUGCUUGAGGUUGUCCAUAUACGUGUGUAGAUAAAUCUUUGGGGUGCAAAGGAAGAAAACUCCCAUUCCCUGGCAGUUGCAGAAGUUGAUAAAAUUAACUCCAGUGCAGCAUCCUGCUAAUGAGAAUUCGAAAACGGUAUCAGAAAAGUAAGAAAAAAAUUCAUAGUGGACAAUUGAAACAACCUUCCGGAGUUGUCAUUAGGAACUUUCAAUAAUUGUGUAUUAAUUUCAUUCAAACAUCUUCGGCCAAGCACUUCGAAAAUGAUUGAUUAGGAAUAGGCUACUUAGUCGCCAGAAGUGGUAAGCAAGAGUGUAUAUUAUCUUAGUGGUUGAUUCUUUAGUCUUAAAGUCUGAGCAACCUCUAGUUGAAGUAAGCAGGAAUAGGAGUAGUCAAGGAGGUAAGUUGGUAUUCUUAGGGGACAAUAUGGAAGAAAGAGAUGAAUAUACAGAAUCAAGAACUAUUAGUAAAUCUGCAGCCGUACAAGAAGCCAAGGCCAGUGUUGAAGUUGAAGUGCUAACUAGUCUUGCAAAUGAGCAAAUUGAUUCAGCUCCUAACUAUCUGGAAUUGGGAACAAUUCGAGACUGGACCAGUAAAACUGGCAGUCCAGAUGAAGAAAAACCAGGUGUCAAACAGAAUAUGGAGGAAGAUAGUAAGGAACUUUGUUUGGGAGAAGCCCACAGUGAAUUACCAGAAAAAAGCAGUCAGACUAUCUCUAAACUUGCUGAAAAUGAUCAAGGUGAAGCUGGCAAUUUAUUAUCCAGUGAUAAAGAUACUGAAAAUUUAAUAUUACCUAUUGAAGUUGAGACAACGGCUCUUCUUAAUGAGUGCUCGGAACCUCCAACUGAAGAUGACAACAAAAAUUAUAUCGAACAGGCAAACCCUCCUAUAGAAGCUUCAAUCCAAAAUACUUCUAUAAAAAAUUUAAAUAUGGUCCCCGAUAAUUCUCCAGAGUUGGGUUGCAAGGAUAAGAGAGUUUUAAAAUCAAAAAAGAAAAAUUAUAUUUUAAGGUCCCUUGUAAGUAGUGACAGAGUUUUGCGUUCAAGGACCCAAGAUAAAGCUAAAGCUCCUGAACCAAGUAAUGACUUGAGUAAUGUUACUGCUGGAGAGGAGGGAAAAGGGAAGAAGAGGAAGAAGAAUAGAAAGAUAAAGGGAAAGGGAGCAAGAGUUGACGAGUUUUCAUCAAUCAGGAAUCAUUUGAGAUAUUUAGUGAACCGCAUCAAAUAUGAACAGAGCUUGAUUGAAGCUUAUUCUAGCGAAGGCUGGAAAGGGUUCAGCUCAGAUAAAUUGAAGCCUGAAAAGGAACUUCAACGUGCAUCAAAUGAAAUAAUGCGACGCAAAUUGAAAAUAAGAGAUCUAUUUCAACGUAUUGAUGCACUUUGUUCUGAAGGAAGGUUUUCUGAAGCUUUAUUCGAUUCUGAAGGCCAGAUAGAUAGUGAGGAUAUAUUCUGUGGAAAAUGUGGAUCCAAGGAACUUUCCCUUGAGAAUGACAUCAUACUAUGUGAUGGUGUCUGUGAUCGUGGGUUCCACCAGUUCUGUUUAGAACCACCUUUGCUAAACUCAGACAUCCCACCAGAUGAUGAGGGAUGGCUAUGCCCUGGAUGUGAUUGCAAAGAUGAUUGCAUUGAUCUUCUUAAUGAAUUUCAAGGAUCAAAUCUUUCUAUUACUGAUGGUUGGGAGAAAGUCUUUCCCGAGGCAGCGGCAGCAGCAGCUGGCCGGAGUUCUGAUCACACCAUGAGUCUCCCUUCAGAUGAUUCUGAUGAUGGUGAUUAUGAUCCUGAUGUUCCAGAUGCUAUUGACCAGGAUGGUGAAUCGAGUUCUGAUCACUCAAGCUCUGAUCAAUCAAGUUCUGAUAAAUCUGGGUAUGCUUCUGCUUCUGCUUCUGAGGAAUUGGAGGCUCCACCCAAUGAUGACCAGUACUUGGGUCUCCCUUCAGAUGACUCGGAGGAUGAUGAUUAUGAUCCUGGUGCUCCAGUGCGUGAUGAAGGUGUUGGACAGGAAAGUUCAAGUUCUGACUUUACAUCUGAUUCUGAGGAUCUAGCUGCACUUGUUGAUAACGGGUCGUCUAAAGAUGAUAACAUAGCGUCUUCUCCAUUAAAUAAUACUGCGCCUGUAAGAAACUCUAAUGGGCAAAGUUCUGGACGCGGUCCUAACAAGAAUGCACAACAUAACAAGUUAUCAAGUCUAGUAGGGUCAGGUCCUGACGAGGGUGGUCUUGAACUAGUUUCGGGAAGAAGACAUGUGGAGCGAUUGGAUUACAAGAAGCUUCAUGAUGAGACAUUCGGGAAUGUUCCUUCCAACUCGAGCGAUGACACAUAUGGCAGUGAUUCUAUAGAUUCAAGUGAUGACAGAGGUCGUGGUAGGAGUACAAGGAAGGGAAGUCCUAAAAACCUGGUUCCUGCAUUGUCAAGAAAUGGAACUGAUGAUUCGAAAAAUAUAAAAACUAAAUGCAGUUCUAGGAGAACUCGUCAAAAGCCAGCUGCUGAAAAUAUGGAUAAUUCUGUGACUAAAACUCCUGAAGGCACUUUGAAAUCUAGUUCUUCUGUUAGACGAACCACUUCAUCAUCACAUAGAAGGCUCAGUCAACCUACAUUGGAGAGACUCCUUGCAUCAUUCCAAGAAAAUCAGUAUCCUGAACGAGCUACAAAGGAGAGUUUGGCACGAGAACUAGGGCUCAGUCUGAAGCAGGUUAGUAAAUGGUUUGAGAAUACACGUUGGAGCACACGCCAUCCCUCCAGUGAAGCUAAUAAAGCAAAGAGUGCUUCAAGAAUGGGCACUCAAUCAUCUCAGACAAGUAGAAAAUCUCCCAAGCCUGAGCAAGAAUCUGGUGCAUGUUUCAGAGACACCUGUAGCAAUGGUGCUCAGCAUCAAGAAUCACCAAAGGCAAUUACUGUUGUGGCCCCAUGUCAGAGUGGAGUUACAGGGGAUGACAAAUUAGCGUAUCACAAAACUAAAAGGCCAGAAUCUACUGCUACAAAAUCCAGAAAACGGAAGGGCAGGUCAGAUCAAGUGGCAUCCCGUUCAAAGAACAGAAAGAAAUCACGGAAGCCUCCAGCUAAGUCAUCCAAAGUUGAUGAAAUUCAAACAGCUGAUAAGGUUAAGAAGAGGAGGAGGAAAUCCAUGUAGAUUCUGAAGUUUUGAUCGAUCCUGGAAAAUUAUUCGGUAAUUUAUCCUCUUCCAAGAACCACAUUACAUCAGAUGCUGGUGAAGGGAGGUAAUUCCAAUUGUUUGUAGUUCUUUGCGGUCACAUUAAAAUUCCUCUUUCUAAUCGCUUUCACAUAAAUCCUUGUCUGAGUAACGUAAAUGUAGAGCUUGUUGUUAGAUAUUUAUAUGAAUUUUCAAACGAAUGCUCUCAUCAGACCCUUGUCUUGAUGUGUGUUAAACAAUCAAUAUUUAGCUAUCCAUUUAGUAGCAGAGAUUGUUCUGUUAAACAA